AUGACUAAACAAGAAUACACUUUGGCUGGUCUUCUGAACAUUCUUGUGAUUGCCCGAGGAAAUAUACCUGGUAGAAAGGGAAAUGAGGUGGCACUUGUUGCUUCUUCUUCUUCUGGUAAGACCAAGAAGAAGAAGAAAAACAACAAGAAGAAGCCAUCUUCUGCCCUUGGCCCUUCUAAUAGAGUGGGCAAAAAGAGCCAAACAGUGAAGAAGAAGGCAGAAGCAGCUCCUACUGAUAAGGGAAAGUGUUUCCACUGUCAAAAGGAAGGGCAUUGGAAGAGGAACUACCCAGAAUACCUAGAGUUGGUAAAGAAUAAGAAGGCAAGACCUUCUAAAGGAAUUAGUAAGUCCUAG